UAGUCCCUGAAACUGAUUGUAUUCCUCUUUGAGUCCAGAACUGGAUCUAGCCUAUCUCAUCUGGGGGUGCACUAAAAAAAGUCAGGGAGCAUAAUAUCAACACUGUAUGCAGGGGCGGACUGACAACUCAUGGGGCCCCCGGGCAAUAGGGGAUCAAGGGGCCCCUGUGUGUCCUUGCCCAAACUCAAAAAAGCCUAUGAAAGAGGUACCAAGGGCAUCUCAUGGGGCCCCCUACUGACCCUGGGCCCUCGGGCAGUGCCUGAGUUUCCAAAUGGUCAGUCCGCCCCUGGU